AGAAACCAUGGCGGGAGGAGGAGGAGGAGGAAGUGACCCGCAGAAGCAACUGCUGAGCCUCAUCCGCAAUUUCGCCGCCGAGAAAUCCCAAGGAGAACGAAGAGUAGUUACUCUGAGAAAGCAGAUCGAGACGCUGAUCUCCGAUCUCACCGCGGCGAAUUCGGAGCUUGAAAAUGUCAAGCGUUGCAAAGAGCUUGUUGAGCAGGACCUUAGAGGCUUUGAACUUCAACUCUUCUUGAGUGAAUCUUCCGCUCAAACCCUAGAGGCGAGGGUAUCUCAUAUGGAAGAUGUGGUCUCUGCUGUUGGAUCUGAUUUGGAAACUCUCCAGAAUGAAGGCGCGGCUUUACGGGAGCAAUUCAUCCACCACAUGUUUGAUGUAAAUGCCAAGAUAAGGAAAUUUCAAGAGAGCAUCAUUACCGGCAUCAUUGAUGCCGUAGAAUGGGCAGCUCCUAGAGAUGCACCACAAGUCAUUAUGAAAGAAAAUGAUGCUGAUGAUACUUUAAGGACUCUUGAAAGCAAGCUAUUAGAGAUAAUAUCUCAAAUAACUAAAGAGGAUGAGGAAUACCAAGCCCAACAGAAAAUUUAUCAGAACGUCCAGCGUGAAUUGAUUGAUUGUGAAAGAAAGGUGCCUUUGAUGAACAUGAUUGUUGCAGAAACAAAAGAAUUGCAGGAUCUAGCCUUAUAUCCUUAUAAAUAUUCCAAUUGAUGCAAAUGUUUUUACAGUCUCUUGCCUGGGAAGUUAUGGAACCUAGAAUCUAAUAAUAUUUUUUAUCAGAGAAAGUAGAAUCCUGAUCGCAUUUAUAUUGAGGAAAUGCAGCAUAGACAGGUUAGAAGUCAUAAAACACUCCUUUGAAGAUGUAUAUGAAUAAGCCAUUUUAAUGGGUAUAGUUCAGUAUCAUAUAAGAUCUAUUUUAUUGAUUAGUACGCUUCUUAUCAGCUACUACUGUUUUGGCAUGUUGUUUACUGAGUUGCAUACCAAGAAAUUAGAGAAUUUUGGUCAAAACAUGAAUAUAACUUGCCAAAAUAGUUGUUCACUAUCUAGGUUCUUUAAAUUCUGCGAAAAUAAUGGAAACAAAAACAAGAAAGAGGGGAUGAAAAUGAAUUUGCAAAUUUUAUCCUUCCCCUGAUAUCCCUCUUGAAUUUGUUUUAGUACAAGUUACCGGAGUUCUUGUGAUUCUAGUAUUAUUAAUGUGGAUAAAAACUUCAAUUGAUUUGCAUCAUCAGAGCAGCUGAGUUAUGUCCUUAACUAGAAACAAGCAGUCUUCUGAAUUAGAAGCAACAUGUGGUUCACUUGGUGAAGAACUUCAGAAGAGAUGCAUGUGUCCUAGAUGUCAUCUGGACAAUUUGGAGGCUAUCAGUGAACUUCUGGCAAAUGAGGAGAAAUGAUGAUGUCUCGUAAGUAGUUUUCUUCACGACCAAACAUUAAAUGCUGUGGUAUGAUGGCACUGUACUACUGAACUCUGUUCAUAUUGUAUGGUUUCAAUUUGAACAAACCUCCCUAUAGCUUACACAAUUAAAGACCUGUUUUGUAUAGAUACAGAAAAUGGAGGAUAUUGAGAAUGCAUUGUGCUGAUUGUUCUUUCUGAUAUUUGCUUCACAGUAGAUUGCAUUAGCUAUUGGCCAAUAAUAUGUCUAAAAUUUACAGUUAUUGUAAACUUUUCUGUUUA